AUGUCGCUGCACUUUAACUGGAGUCGACUAGAUGAGACGUGCGCAGAGGCGCUGCGUCAACUCAUUAACAAGCGACUCGCCGAGGUGGUCGAGCGCAUUAACAGCCAACAUGCCGCGUCACCAAGCAGCGGCGCGGUCGGAUCAGCGUCAGCAGCUGCAAAGAUGAGUACAACCAUUCCCGUCCCGCUUUCCGGUGUUGCAGGGACCGCUACUUCUUCCUCGACCAGUCCUUACGGCGGUGGUGGCGGCAGCGCUGCUGUGGCGGGCAAGUCGGAGUGCUUACCUAACGCUAGUAGCGGCAUCUCUCCGGAGACACUGGCGGGCUUCAUCGCCAACCCGGCGAGCACGGCAGCCGGCGCCUCCGCAAAUCGCUGGGAGUCGAUCUCUAACCCAUCGGUUAGCUCCACGCUGAUGGGCGUAUCGACACCGCAUCCUUCUAACACCCAGGCACCCUACGGCAGCGCUGGUCUGCCAGCAUUUGGAGCGGCGGCACCAGCGUCGACGGCAGAGAUGCUUCCCACUGGGAGCGCGUGCGGCUCAGGGAAUUCUGCCUCAGGACCACCCAUCACUGCUGCCCUGCCGCACAACAGCGGCUAUCAUGGCGGAGGUGCAACCUUGCUUGCGGCAGACAUAAAUAGUGGCAACAAUGGUGGUGAGCCGUCGGAGAGCACCUCCUUCGUGGCUGAGCCGAUUACUGUGCCUGCGAUGGGUGUCUAUCGAACUACCGUCAGCUCAUCAUCGUCGUACUUUGGCCCAGCGAGCUCCACCGUGGCGGCGUCGUGUGCUGCGGCCACUUCUGCUGCUGGCGGCGCCGCUUACGUGCCGGGCACCGUGUCGGCACCCCCUGCCCCAGCAGCAGCAGAGAGUGCAAGCAGGGUGCCGCUGAUUGAAUACUUGGAGGUGGGCCGAGUGGAGUGGGGGACCACCCCGCCGUUCGUCGAAAUAGUCGCCUUCGAGAACGCGAUUGACGGACCUCCUGGCCGUACACGUCAGCACCUUCAGCAACAGCAGCAGGGCAAGGGACUCUUUGGUGGUGGCAGGGACGGGCAGGGCACCGGGCCCGAGACGCGCGGCACCUCCCCGUACACUGUGAGCCACACCACUUCAUUAGACACUCUCAUGACUACCUCCACCGCUGCUGUGGAGCCUGUGACGAGCCCCGCCGCUGUGACGGACAACAUCAACGAGAACUCGAACGGGAUCGCUUCCCGUGUGCACACCGGGGCCAAGAUGUUGCACCUGAUGAUUGGGUCACGUCCACUCUUAGACACGGCAAGUGCUGACAGCAGUGGUGCUGGUGGUGAGGUUGAUAUGUCUUCCCACCGGCAGCCAGCAUCCUCCGCUCCUUCGCAGUUUCCGUCGCAGCCGGAGCCGGUGGAUUCGCUGACCUCGGUGCUGGGUCCUGGCGGCCUCUACGUGCGCUUCCACGUGACCUACGGGGGUGCGAUGCAUCUGUCGAUGAACAUGGCGGUACAGCAUGAAAUUCGACUCGGCGCCGUUGCGUUGCGUGUCAGCUUGCCCAUGAUGUUCUAUCUCGCCAACCUCGACCUUGACUGCUACCUCUGCGUAAACAUGAAGGACAACAUGUGCGAGGUGUGGCUCGAGCCGGGUCCGCUCUCGCCGUUCGUGGUCAAUCGACUGAGCAUCACCGCCGUCAUCGGCGGGGACGACGACGACGACGGCGGCUCCGACUUGGAGGGCGGCAGAAAGAACGCCGGGACAGGCGACUACGGUGCCUCCUCCGCGGACUUCUAUUCCCCCUAUGGCAGCAGCAGCCUUUCCGAUGGCGACAGCGGCGAGGAGGGCAACGGUGUGUACGUGAAUGAGCACGAAGUAUCGUACUUUGUACUGCACGAACUUCGAGCCAUCUUGCGCGAGACACUCAUUGCCCCGCAUUCCAUUCGCAUACCGCUGUCUUUCGGUGGUGGUGGUGGUGGUUAG